GCAGAUGGUUGUCGUCGACUCAAGUUCCUUCCAAUGGACGAUGGCCAUUAUUUGGCAAAUCACGUGUUUUUAAAUCUUACUAUUGGAAUAUACACACCGUGUCAUCAGAGAUGUGUUAUGGAGAGUAGAUGCGUGUCAAUAAACAUUGGUCCGCCUGUGAACGACAAAGUUGUGUGUGAACUUAGUGAUUCAGAUCACAUACAGCACCCACAACAUCUUACACCAAGACGCGGCUGGAGCUACAGAGGCACCACUGAGGUACCAGUGACAAAUAGUUUUAAAACAGACGUGGAUAAACCAUCGACAGCCGAAUGUAUGUUUCCCUAAUUUUCGAUUAAAAAACUAAAGCUUUUGAAGUAGGCGGGUGAUAAUCCUCAUGGCGAGUUCCUGCUGCUGCUGAUGAUAAUGAACACGAUAUCUCCUAGUAUAGGAAAAUGGAUGAUGAUGAUGAUAAUGAUACUGAUACUGAUAGCAAUUAUGAUAUGAAAAUAUAUUUGUUCAUUCCCAUAAAUCAACAAUUCCAGAAACAUUCCAAAUGUCCCAACCUUACAGGACAAAACCUGAAUUUUUUUGAAAUUGUUGCAGGGUUCGAGAGAUCUAAAUAAUACCUUUUCUAUCUAAUAUGCCGUCUCAGCACGGUAAAUAAUUUUUAUCGUGAUUUUAAGAAUAUGUAUUCUCCAUUAGAACCUUUGCGCCAGUUAUCCUUGUCUUAACAAGGGGACGUGCUUCACAGGAUAUACGAGCAAGAAAUACCUCUGUGUUUGCACCUUAGGCUUCACAGGAGAAAACUGCGAGCAGGCUCCAGGUAAAAUAGUAUAG